AUGUUUCUAAGGAACUUCUUUAUGACUUUAGCUUUCGCAGCGAGUACUGUCGCGCGAAACUGGCCCUUCCCUGAAAGCACCGGUGAAUUCAUUUGUGAUAGCACCCUUCAUCCAGAUUGGUCGGAGUGCGAGAAUAUCAUCGAGCCUAUGACCUACGAAGGAUCAUACGUGGGACCAAGAUUCGCAGAAGGUCAGGCUUUCACCGGUAAGGCCUGUCAGAUCCGCACUCUUCGUUGUGACAGCGAAGACGGUGAAUACCGUGAAGAAAACGUCAGUAGCAUGUAUGGGAUAGUGAGAAAUGAGUGCAUGGAACAUAACUCCGCCGGCGCGUAUAGAUCUGGCGACACUUGCGUCCUUGUCGACAACCCGGAGAACCCAUUCGGAAGCAUCUCUCAAGAGAAGUGA